ACAGUUUAGGUCGCGCCUCGCUGCGCUCUGCUGAGAGGAGAUCCGACUCCCUGGUUUCCUCGCCCUCUACUGUCCCACGGCCGAUCGUCACCUCCCCAGACCUGGGUCACUCAGCGGUCCCAAGCAGGGAAGGGAGGGAGAACUCGGCGUGGGCUCUGGGGGCCCCGCGUUUUGCGCAGUGUGCUUACACACAGUUUUGAGUUCCCGGCUGCUCCCCACCCUGCUUUCCCAUUGGUUCGAAGUCUCUGCGGCUCCCCUGCUUUGCUCUAGUGGACUGGAGAGGCCAUCAUAGAGCCCCAAGAAAGAGAGAACGGACUCUUCGGGAGUCCCCAGUUCGGUUCUGCCGGCUCUCGGGAACUUUGAGCUGCGUCUCCGGUCUUUGUCUCCCUUCGGGGAAGCUGGACUGUGGUUUGGCAGGCCAGGUCCCUGAGCAGGACCGCACGCUGGGAACCAUGGAGUUCACGGCGUCGCCCAAGCCCCAGCUCUCCUCUCGAGCUAAUGCCUUCUCCAUCGCCGCGCUGAUGUCCAGCGGCGGCCCCAAGGAGAAAGAGGCAGCAGAGAACACCAUCAAACCCCUGGAACAAUUUGUGGAGAAAUCAUCCUGUGCCCAGCCACUGGGUGAACUGACCAGCCUGGAUGCUCACGCAGAGUUUGGCGGCGGGGGCAGCAGCCCUUCCUCUUCCUCUCUGUGCACGGAGCCACUGAUCCCCACCACCCCCAUCAUCCCCAGCGAAGAGAUGGCUAAAAUCGCCUGCAGCCUGGAAACGAAGGAGCUCUGGGACAAAUUCCAUGAACUGGGCACGGAGAUGAUUAUCACCAAGUCUGGCAGGAGGAUGUUCCCCACCAUCCGUGUGUCAUUUUCUGGAGUGGAUCCUGAGGCCAAGUACAUAGUCCUGAUGGACAUCGUCCCGGUGGACAACAAGAGAUACCGCUAUGCCUACCACCGGUCGUCCUGGCUGGUGGCUGGCAAGGCUGAUCCUCCUCUGCCAGCCAGGCUCUACGUGCAUCCAGACUCCCCCUUUACUGGCGAGCAGCUCCUCAAACAGAUGGUGUCUUUUGAAAAGGUGAAGCUCACCAACAACGAACUGGAUCAACAUGGCCAUAUAAUUUUGAAUUCAAUGCAUAAGUACCAGCCAAGGGUGCACAUCAUAAAGAAGAAAGACCACACGGCCUCCUUGCUCAAUCUGAAGUCGGAAGAAUUCAGGACGUUUAUCUUUCCAGAAACAGUUUUCACAGCAGUCACAGCCUACCAAAACCAACUGAUAACCAAGCUGAAAAUAGACAGCAAUCCAUUUGCCAAAGGAUUCCGGGACUCCUCCAGGCUCACUGACAUUGAGAGGGAGAGUGUGGAGAGCUUGAUCCAGAAGCAUUCCUAUGCCCGGUCACCCAUCCGCACCUAUGGAGAGGAGGAUGUUCUGGCGGAGGAGAGUCAGACAACCCCGAGUAGAGGAUCAGCCUUUACGACAUCUGACAAUUUGUCUCUCAGUUCCUGGGUAUCAUCAUCUUCAAGUUUUCCUGGAUUUCAGCAUCCACAGCCCCUGACUGCUCUUGGCACCAGUACAGCAUCCAUAGCGACACCGAUUCCUCACCCUAUACAGGGUUCUCUGCCACCAUAUAGCCGCCUGGGAAUGCCUCUGACCCCAUCUGCAAUUGCCAGCUCCAUGCAGGGAAGUGGUCCCACGUUUCCUUCAUUCCACAUGCCUAGAUACCAUCACUACUUCCAGCAGGGGCCCUACGCUGCCAUCCAAGGACUUCGCCACUCCUCUGCUGUGAUGACGCCAUUCGUAUGAUUCCUCUGAGAGUCGGGGGAAACUAGAUACAGAAUGUGCAAAUGGCUAUGAAAAUACAGGAGGGGCAUGGGUGGGUGGGAAGUGGGGUAUUGGAGCAAAGACUCUCAGGAAACACAGGACUUAUUAAAGAGGAGAGCUGGACUCACACACACAAAAAAACCCAACUCAUAAGGGAGUACACCAUGGGCCAGGAUUCAUCUGUGAUUCCAGGAGAGAAUCAGUGUAAAGUUUAUCUAGCAUACUCCUACAACUAAUAGGCUAUCAGUUUACCCAGAAAGCUUAAUAUCCUAGUGGUUAAAAGUUCUGUUAAUGCAGUGCUGUAUAAAAUCCAUGUGUAGAGGUUUCUUUCUGCUUUCAACAGGUUCAAAGCAUCAUCCAAAAGGCAAUAUUAUAUAGUGUAUUGACAUGACUCACUCAAGUUCACUUUUCCCAAUAAGAAAUGGAAGCCAAUGGUGAUAUGUUUGUAGUGCUAUACUUUAAGGAUGUUUCGUUUCCUUUGUGUCAGUUUGCGGCAGAAGAGGCAGAGUUGGGGCUAGUAUGUCCUGUGAUGUGUGGUGUGAAUGGAUACACGGUAAUGCCUUUACCAAGUUCCUGCCACAGGCCAUGACAACAUAAACUCUGUUUUCAGUUCCCUUUCUCUUUUUUUUUUCUUUUAUCUAAUAAUUCUUUUUCUUGCAACAACUUUGCAGUUCUGCAGUGAAAACCCUCUAUAUGCCAUUUAAAAGCAAGAAGCUCUCUCAUUUUCAAAGAGGUUGGCUUCUGGGGGCUGAAUUAUCAACAGGCUGAUGACAUAGCCACUGAGGACCUGAACAGAGCCCAUGCAUGGUGAUGGCCGUGUCUCUUCCUCAUACCUUCAAAAUCUGGUGGCUCUCUUUUGAGGGGAAUUUCUCUGCCCUGGGAACCAGAGUCCUCUUCACUUUCACUCCGGGGUUAGGAGGCCUUUUGUAUAUUAAAACACACUGGGCCACGUUCUGUUGUUUUUUAAAUAGAAAUCUGCUUUAUUGCUGCUUCCAUUAUUGUCAGGGAUUUGUCAAUGACCAUUAUCCAUAUGCAUGAUUCACCAUGCUCUCAUGUAUGCUUAUGGGCAUGGACAUGUCCUGUAGCUGGUUUCUCCUGUCUGGCCGUACAUUUAUAGACUUCUUUCCAUUUUCUUUGGUCCCCAGUAUGAAACUGCAUGUUAAUUCAAUGACUCCCUUACAGAAACACUAACAGUUCUUACCAGCAUACAAGAGCUUCAUCCAAUUUUUACUAUCCUUUUAAGCUUUCCUUCUCUGUGUAAACUAGAGCUUUUGUUUUACUUCUAUAUAACCACUAUGUUAUUUUUGAGCAACAUGUAUCUUAGCAUUUACAGUCAGGGUAACACAUAUGGUAUUUUGCAGUAGUUCAUUUUUCUAAUAAUAUAAAUUUAUUAAAGUCAUUAGACUUUCAGCUUUGAAGAUCGUGUGUUCCACCUAUUAGGAUGCUACCAUUUUGCUUCAUGUAGGUUGCCUGAACUUAAUUUUAGUUUCAAUUUUUUUUAUGAAGAUUUUAUUCUACUCUGUUCUUACUUCAAAAAUGUUGACUAUGCUCAAAGAUAUGGGAACUAGAACUCCUGAGGGGAGAAACAUAUGUAGGAGUAAAUGCAAUAUCCUUACCACAUCGCUCUGCCAUUUUAUUUGGCAGCUUCAGUGUUAGAUUUUUCCAUGUGGGAUGACUUCCCAGGCCAAGACCAGUCUGUGAAACAAGGCACCACACCCAGCCUGAGGGUGGGAUGCUGUUUCUAGAUUUGCACAUGAUAUUUUCCUCCAAAAGUCCAUAGUUUCCUUAAAAAGAAGCAUGAACUCCUAAUGAAACUAUUUCAAACUCUCAUGUCAGACACUGCAGGUAGGUCCAGCUUCUUGUGUGUCUUUGUAGUAGUUUCCACAAGCAGUUGGUUUCCAGACAAAAUACAGAUGUGCAUUUCUCUUAAAAACCCAUUGUGAGUGAUGUUUAAGAUAAAUGCCCAUAGAGAGCAAGGGUAGGGGAUUGAUAUUUAAUAACUGGCCUCUUGCAAAAGAACCUUGGAAUAAAGUGCUGCUAUUUAAAGCAGAAAAAAAAAUCAAGGCAUGAUUGUGCAGGGUGACCCUCAUAUCUCCCCUGGUAUAUGCUGAGAUUCUAAAUGCAUGCCUGUGUUUUCUUUUCCAUGAGAAUGAAAGAAUUGUUUUAAUAUUGUUUUUGUAGUUUUUUGAAUUGGUAUGCCUCACAGUAGUUUUUUUUUUUUUAAUUGCUGUUAAAUAUAAUCUUUUGCUGGUAUUACCUGACCUUAUAAUUUUGCUUGUAAUUAGGCAACGUGAGUAUGAAACUCACUGAAAUACAUGAUAGACAGCAAAGCCGGUUCUUGAAAUGUUCUCUCUAAAAGUCUUCAAUGGAUGUUUGUUUCCUCUGUUGAUAUUUCAUAGUUCAGACAAGAAAUGGCACCAUAUCAGUGCCUGGCACUUGAGCCUGGGGCCACCUGUUCCUUUCUGAUUUAUUCUGGCAGUCAAGUUUUAUUAAUCCUUGUGGGAUUUACCAAUCAAAAUCCCAAAGUCUGUUCCAACAAAACUGAUGAUAAUAAUUAGAUAUAAAUUGAUAAAUCCAAUUGAAUAAUAACUACCAAGAUUUAAAAUACAUUUGGAAUAAUUCAGGGCUUCCUCUAUGUGGAUACUACAUUGUGAGAAAGCAUGGCCAAAGAGAGUGCUGUUGAAGAGGACUGGCCAGGCUUGCUUUACUGAGCUCUAAUGGACUUACUCAUAACUCAAGAGAUUCUCUCUUAUGCUCAGUUUUAAAAUAUCCUUCCAUAAUUCCAAGUUGAGAUAUGUCCAUCCCUUAUUAAGUGAACCGUCGCACCUGGUUCCUGUCCUUAGCAGUUCAUAUGUAAAUAUGUUCAGUUGUGUGUGACACAUAAACACUUGUCAGGUAGUAUUGUCUAGCUCAGUGUCUGUCUGCUCCAUUGCAGGCACUGUCAGUUAUAACACUGGAGUCUUGUCUAGAAGGUUAUCAGCAUUUAUGGUGAAUGCUACAGAGAAGGCUGUCCGUACAGGUUCAUCAGCUAGCAGAAGCCUUGUAUAAGAGCUGCACGACUUCUAGGGCAUUCUAAGAUCUUACCUUCUCAACCACUGGAUAAAUGUCUGCCUCUUGACUUCUCCAGAUACAACAGAAUGCCUCUGCCCACCCCCUAAAAAGAAAAAUAAGUCCUUUACAAACUCAAGAAACAUUCUUAGCGAAACCUCAUGUUUUACACUGCCGAUGAGCAUUUCAGAGAGAUGCUAGGAUAUUUAUCCUAUUUCUUGAUUUCAGAUUAACUGUUCAAGCUACAUUACUUAUGUAAGGGCCAAUUAUGUUGAGAAAAUUCACUAGGGAGGGCUUUCUGCCCCAUUAGAUAGGUGGGUAAGCUUAGUGGUGGUUUAGUCACUAAUGAGCAUGUAAGAUAUUGCAUUUAAACUCAUGUUCUUAUUCUGUAUUCUACUGAGUAAGAAAAACUACUUCCAUUAUUAAUUGGGCAGAAAACUGAUAAUUAUUGCAAACAAAAACAAUACUAACUCUGACAAAGCAGGAGACAAAAGAUAAAACAUUUAAUUUGUUUCUCUAUGGAGUUAUUGAGGGAAGGAUGGGUUUUAUAUACAUUCUCAUAUUGUUUUAGAAUGAAAGGCAUUGCUAUAAACACCAAAGGUAAGAUUACACACUUAAAACUUUGAGGAAGUAUAACAGCCCCUUUGUCGCAGCUUACUAUCCUAUACCAGUUAUAAAAUACCAAAACACAAAACUCUACAAGCUUAAUCAUGCAAAGGCACAUUUAUAAGUAUUUGAUGUGUUAAUAGUCCAUAAAUAUUUGCUAGCUUUCUUUAUCUGCCACUCUCUCUAAUAUAUUUUCAACCUCUUACUCCUUUAAGAAAGCAUCUUGCAAGGAAAAUAAUGUGUGUGUGUGUGUGUGUGUGUGUGUGUGUGUGUGUGUGUGUGUGUAAUAUUGAAUCUGGACAAAAGAUACAAUUUGUUGUAUUUUUCUUUACUUCUGGCACAAAGACAUUGUAUUUUGUUGCUUUAAAAUUAUUUUUUUUCCAGAAAUCUGAAAAGGUUCUUUUAUUUGCUAAAGUAUGAGAUUCUGUAACACCUGCUCAGUGGACUCUGUCACAGUCUCCUUGUUUGCUGUGUCUUCAUUUGACUAACGAAUUGUGUGGAAAGGUCACUGUAAUGCAGUGUGUGGGGUGUGGGAAGGGUGUGGGAAAUGUUUUAUGGGGAAAAAACUUAUAAGCCUAAUACUAUGAAGUAACAUUUAAUGAAGUUCUGUUUAAGUGCAAUAUAUUUAUUUCUGCCAGAAAUGUAUUAUCAACCUUAUGUAAUAUUUGAUGCAUAACAUCAUAUUUGUAAACAGCUAAAAUUAUAUAUUAUCCCAAAUUGUACAGAA